UAUAGUUGUAUCAUUAUUAUAUACUUGUAGCAGUAAUAAUAUACCAGGUGGAGAGACUUGGUCCUCUCCACAUGUGUCUAUAUAUAUAUAUAUACACACAUAACUAUACCAGUUUAUAUAUAUCAAAACAAAAGUAGAGAGAGAGAGAGAGAGAGAGAGAGAGAUGAGUAUGAUGAUGAGAGGAGAAGUGAUUCUGAACAUCCCAGCUGAGAAAGCAUGGGAAAUGUACAGAAACGAUGAAAUCAUCUCCAAAAUUAACCCUCAAAUGCUUUCUGCUGCUUAUUAUCUUCAUGGAGAUGGCGCCCCUGGCAGUCUUCGACUUUUCAAGCUUGGCCCUGAGGUGUGCAAGUACGUGAAAGAAUCAAGAGAGAAAAUAGAGGUGGUGGAAAGAGGGAGAUCAGUAAGAUACAGAGUAGUAGGAGGAGAGUUGAGAGAGAUGUACGAUCCAUACAUCGUCACCUUCACAUUUCUUCCAGUUGCAGGCAAAGAAACAGAAGAGUGUAUUGCAGAAUGGAAAGCUGAGUUUCAACCACUCACUCCAACUACUCCGCCACCACACCAAGCCAGAGAUGCUGCACUCAGAUUCUUGAAGUGUUUCGAAAACUUUUGACUCAAUAACUCAUCAUAGAAUUAUGACCCUCGACCAUAUAUAUAUAUAUAUAUACAUAUAUGUAUAUUGGAAUUGUUUCUGUUUCUCUGUCUAA